CACAAAAAAAAAUCCAACAAUUCUCCGAUUUCAGCUGUAAAGUUUUGUUUUUUCUUAUUGGGUUUGCUUCUCAGAGCAUGCACCAUGUUGCUUCAUACGUGAAGGAUACAGCUUAAUCUAUAUAUAUAGAUCUCAUCGGAGAUUUUGUGAAGUGUUUGGAUUCGAGAAGAAGAAUAUGCCUUCAGUACAACGACUGAAGAAGACGGAGGUUGCUAAAUGCUUAACAUGUCCUCUCUGCCAUAACCUUUUCGAAGUUGCAACUACCAUCAACGAGUGCCUUCACACCUUUUGCUGGAAGUGCAUACAUUCCAACUUCACAGCACAGAAUCUGCCAGCUUGUCCAGUCUGUGAUACUCAUCUUGGAUCUUACCCUGACGAGAAACUUCGGGUGGAUCACCACAAGAAUGCUAUGAAAGAAAAACUCUUCCCAUCAAAGAAAAAAGGCGUAAAGGCAGGACCUGAAACUGUUGCAGCCUCUUCGGAAUCUUGCGAAAUGAAAGAAACGCCUUUAACUUCACUCAUGGACUCUUCAUCUGGAGUACCAUCCUCAUCUGCUGCUCCAUUGGUGCCCACUACGGUUGUGCUAGCUCUUCCGGCUGCCAGUGCCAGGCCUUACCGCGCCAUUAAGAAACGUUACAAGAAAACUAUAGCUCUUAAGAAGAAUGAUACUGGUAAAGAAUCAGAACAGCCUCCUCCUAAGGAGACUACUGUUAAGAAGGUUUAUCUGUUUGAUCUCAACAAAGAACCAGAUGAAGAACUGGACGAAGCUGAAUCAUCAAGAUCUCAUGAUAGUGGAACGAUUCAAGGUUUAUCUGAUCUUUGUAAGUCCUUGUGUGAUACUGUGGCGCCACUAGAAAUCAACAUUAAUACUCCUGUGGCUAUUGAACCAGCGCUAACUUCGAAUGGUGUUGCAGCGCCACUAGACAUCAACAGUACUCCUAUGAUUGUUGAACCAGGGGUGGCUUCAAAUGGUCUUGACAGUAUUCAAAACAACUGUGUUGUGAAUAGAGAAGCAAAUGAAGUCCCAGUCCAAGUGAAUGAGAACACUAUCCUUAUCAGCUCUGAUAGGGGUACAGAGGAGGUCUCUGGUCAGAAACUAAAGAACAAUGGUAAAGGGAAACAAGAAUGUGCUAGCAGCUCCAGGCCAAGUAGGAAUAGGAGGGGUGAUAACAAGGGGAUGGUGCCAAAUAAUAGUUAUGCUUUGAGACCCCGAAAAGACGGGAGGGCGGCUACUCCAGCAGCUAGUUCUACACCAGAAGCUUUGGUUUCCGUGGAAACGAUAGGGGAAGUUGUUGAAGGACCUAAUAAUAAUGGAGUUUGGUUUAAACUAGUGCCUUUAAGGAUUAGAAACAGUGAAAUGCUAGUUCUUGAUAACAAAGUUCAAGAAAUGCUAAAGCGAGACGAAAAAAUUCGCUACGUGGAAGCAAAAGAUGGAAACGUGACUGUGUCACAAGUCAAGAAGUUUCUAAUGAAAAAGGUCGGUUUCCAAACCGAAGACGAGGUGGAGAUAUGGCUAGGGGAUGAGCCAGUGUGUUCUUCACAGACACUAUGUUACUUGUUAAAUUGGUUCAUUCAAAUAACUCCAGUUCCUGAAGGUCCAGUGAUGGUUGGAGACUCCGCUGUUGAUUACCUCAUGCCUCUCCACUACAGUUACAAAUCUGGCUCAGGCUCUGCCUCCGGCUCCGGCUCUGGCUCUGCCUCCGGCUCAGGCUCAGGCUCAGGCUCUGCCUCUGCCUCCGGGUCUGGGUCUGGGUCUGGAUAAUUCU